AUGAGCUUCCAAAAGUCCCAGGGCGCCGUCAGCGCGGCCCCUGCUGCUGCGCUGGAGCAGGGCUACGUGCAGUGUGCGCCGCACCCGCCUUACCAGAAGCUGCAGCAGCAGCAGCACCAGUACGCCCGCUACCCCCACCCGCAGCAGCAGCAGCAGCAGCAGCAGCGCUACGAGCCCCACCCCCAGCACGUCUACUACCAGCAGCAGUGCCACGCCGGCGCCCCAAACUCCGCAACAGCCAAGCAGCCCCAAGCUGCUGCCAACGCCGCCUCCUGCAGCUCCGUCCAGCAGCCGCAGCGCUGCGUGCAGCAGCAGCAGCAGCAGCAGCAGCAGCACCAACACAGACACCCCGAACAAGACCACCAGCGCAAAAACCAGCAGCACGCAGUCAAACCAACCCGCAUGCCCCACCCCUUGGCUGACUGGCAGCUUCCAGAGCGCUACGAAGUCCAUCAUUUAAUUGGCACUGGUUCUUACGGCCACGUGUGCGAGGUGUACGACAACCAGGAGCAGCGGAUUGUCGCGAUCAAGAAGAUCCACCGAGUCUUCGAAGAUUUAAUUGACUGCAAAAGGAUUUUGAGGGAGAUUGCCAUUUUAAAUCGACUCAACCACGACCACAUCGUGAAGAUCCUCGACAUCCUCGUGCCCAGCGAUCUUGAAAAGUUUGAUGAAAUGUAUGUCGUGCUAGAGAUCGCAGACUCAGAUUUCAAGAAACUGUUUCGGGCGCCGGUGUAUCUGACGGAGCUGCACAUCAAAACCCUUUUGUACAACUUGCUCGUUGGCGUUAAAUACGUACACUCCGCUGGAAUCUUGCACCGCGAUCUCAAGCCUGCGAACUGCUUGGUGAACCAGGACUGCAGCGUGAAGGUCUGCGACUUCGGCUUGGCGCGGACAAUGGAUUUCCCAGAAGGCCAAAACAGCCACUGCCCUGUAGCGCAGCAAGACGAUGACAUUGUGAACGUCACGCACACCAAAAACCUCAAGCGCCAGCUCACCGGCCACGUCGUCACCAGGUGGUAUAGGGCUCCGGAGUUGAUUCUGUUGGCCGAGAACUACACAGAGGCAAUCGACGUCUGGUCCAUUGGCUGCAUUUUCUCGGAGCUGUUGUCAAUGAUUGAAGAAAACGUGGAGUCCCACUGCGACAGGGGCCCCUUGUUUCCUGGCUCUUCUUGCUUUCCGCUUUCUCCGGAUCAGAAGAACGGAGAUGACUCGAGGCUGCAGACGCGGGGCAACAAGGACCAGCUGAACGUGAUCUUCAACGUCUUGGGGACUCCGACGGAAGAAGAAAUAAACGCGCUGGAGUCCAACGAGGCCAAACAGUACAUCCGCACUUUCCCGCCCAAGAAGGCCCACGACUUGGCCCAGCGCUUCUCCGCCUCUUCCCCUGAGGCUUUGAACCUCCUGAAACGCAUGCUGGUCUUCAACCCCAAAAGGCGAAUUUCUGUAGAUGAAUGUCUUGCCCAUCCUUUCUUUAAGGGAGUCCGAAACCCAAGUAUAGAGGUCACGGCCACCGAGAAAGUGCGGCUGCCGUUCAACGACUGGGCAAAUAUGGACGAGCCGCAGCUGCGCUUGGGGUUCUUGAGGGAAAUGCAAAGAUUCCACCCGGAGCUGCAGCUGCCGAAAAGCCUUUUAGAAAGAGCCAAGAUGUGCUCCUGA